AAUAGCACAGAAGCUGCUCACAUAUUCUGCAGGGACGGGUGGGCUCGGCUGUGUGGAUCUUUCUACCAUCAUCAGCAUGAUUAUAAGCAUUGCUCUGAUUUGGGCAGUUGUUGUGGGAUUUUGCUGCCUCCUCUGGCUUGCUGUGGGGAUAAGACGCAGGCAACCAGGUGAGCCAGCAGUUGAAAAUGGUUUGAUCCCCUACUUAGGUUGUGCUCUCCAGUUCGGGGCCAACCCACUUCAAUUCCUCCGCAGCCGCCAGAAAAAGUACGGUCACAUUUUCACCUGCAAAAUUGCAGGCAGGUACAUCCACUUCCUGUGCGACCCCUUCUCUUACCAUUCAGUCAUCAGGCAGGGAAGACACCUUGAUUGGAGGAAGUUCCAUUUUGCUACAUCUGUCAAGGCGUUUGGUCAUGACAGCUUUGAUCCUCGCCAUGGCCACACCACAGAGAACCUCCAUCAGACGUUUCUGAAAACACUACAGGGGGAGGCUCUUCCCUCCCUUAUUGAGACAAUGAUGGGGCACCUUCAGGAUGUCAUGCUGAAAUCAGAUACACUCAGCCCAAGCAAGGACCACUGGCAGGUGGACGGCAUAUUUGCCUUUUGCUAUAAGGUGAUGUUUGAAUCUGGUUACCUAACUCUGUUUGGUAAAGAGCUUGGUGAAGACAAGUGUCAGGCUCGGCAGGCAGCCCAGAAAGCUUUGGUGCUCAAUGCUUUGGAGAACUUCAAAGAAUUUGACAAAAUCUUCCCGGCACUUGUGGCCGGGCUGCCUAUUCACGUGUUCAAAAGUGCCUACAGUGCCCGAGAGAACCUAGCUAAGACCAUGCAUGCUGAACACCUGUCCAAGAGAGAGAAUGUGUCUGAUUUAAUCUCCAUGAGGAUGAUCUUGAAUGACUCCUUAUCUACCUUCAAUGACAUCAGCAAAGCCAGGACCCAUGUUGCUCUGCUCUGGGCCUCACAGGCUAACACCUUGCCUGCUACCUUCUGGAGUCUCUUUUAUAUGAUCAGGAGUCCAGAUGCUAUGAAAGCCGCUCACAAGGAAGUGCAGAAAAUCCUGGGAGACUCUGGUAAGACAGUUGACCCCAGCAACCCCUCACUGAACCUCACCAGGGACCAGCUGGACAACAUGCCUGUUUUGGACAGCAUCAUUAAAGAAGCCAUGCGUCUUUCCAGUGCUUCUAUGAAUGUGCGUGUUGCCAAGGAAGACUUCCUCCUUCACCUUGAUAACCAAGAAGCUUACCACAUAAGGAAAGAUGAUGUCAUAGCCUUGUAUCCGCCGUUGCUGCACUAUGAUCCUGAAAUCUAUGAGGAUCCCUAUGAGUAUAAGUUUGACCGUUUUCUGGACAACAAGGGUCAGGAGAAAACCACUUUCUACCGCAGUGGGCGGCGGCUGCGUUACUUCUACAUGCCCUUCGGCUCUGGGGUCACUAAAUGCCCGGGCAGAUUUUUCGCUGUGUAUGAGAUCAAACAGUUCUUGACUCUUGUUCUGUCUUACUUUGACAUGGAACUUUUAGACCCUGGUAUCAAAGCCCCGCCUCUUGACCAGUCCCGUGCUGGCCUGGGUAUCCUUCAGCCUACGUAUGAUAUAGACUUCAGGUACAAACUAAAAUCUAGUCAAUAGGUUCUGUUGUGUUUAGACAGAGAGAUUAAAGCUCAUAUUGUAAAUAGUGUAUAUAUUAUACAGUUUUAAUGAAGAUCCAUAACUACAUAUGAAUGUUUUUUCUGCUUUGCGUUGCUUCUGAAGAACAUAUGUUGCACACAUGGGUGGAGCCCUUACGAAAAGGCUUCAGAGAAUCUAGUUUAUAGUUUGUUAAAAAUGAUAAGUAGUUCCAGUGGACAGACUGGAGACAUAUUUGAGAGACAAAUACAUUUGUAGUACUGACCAUGGGCGGUUCAUGUUUGAUCCAGGUAUGCAUUUGAUCCUGUUAACUGUUUGCCAAAGCAAAUUUCUGAGCUUUUCUAAAAUCCAAGCAGUCAGUUAUAAAAGGAAUUCACUAUGCCAUGACACUGACUUGUGAUUAUAUACAUGGUCUAAAGUAUAGGGAGCAUUAACAUCAUACACAGGACCUCAGUGUCUGUCAAUAAGACAGUUCAGAAACCUUGUGCACACUGCUCAGAUUCAUUCUUUCUUUUCUUCUCAGAUAAACGUAAACUCCUUCCAGGUAACCAUUGUUAUGACAUAUAUAUCAUUUUUUUGUUAAUAUAAAAAUGAAAGUUAGGUUAUCAGUUUAAAAAUUAGAGGCUUUUGGAAAGACAAAACAAAAAAACCAAAACAAAUGAAACUUUGAUUAAAUAAAAUUCUUUACUUAUCACUGCAGUGUGUUACCAUUAGCAUUCAUCAAUGAAAUCUUUUCCCUGCUGUAUUUAUAUUCUAGUAUAUGUAAAUUGUACAUUGUGAGUUGAAGUUGCUGCGGGCAGCCUUUUUAUCAGUGAACAAAUUGCUGCAAUCAGACUCAUUUACUGUCCAUCAGCCUUGGAAUUUGCUCUCGCUGGCACUCUCAUGCUGUCAGCCAGCGCUGACCUUUAUGCCAGCAUGCAUCUACCUUUUUAGUAUCAUUAUUACAAGGCCUGCGGUUUAAUAAUGAUAAUUUUAAUUGGUGCAGUGAACAUCAGUAGACCUAGAAUGUAGGGAUGUGGUGUAAAGACCCAUUGAUACUUUGGUUAGUUAACUCAGAAAGAUCAGUUUGCAGCUGCUUCUAAAUAUCAAAUUUAGAAGCAGCUGCAAAUACUUUUACGUGACAUGAAUUAUAAGCUCCGUAGUUCAUAACUGAGGAUAUAUUCAGGAUGUGAAGGAAUGCUCAUUUGCACAAUGAAGGUGUCUGUGAUUGCUCAUUCAAAAACCAUGUUUGGUUUGUAAACAGCACGCUUGGCUGUUUUAUAUUGUGAAUAAAACACACUGUGAGCCACAGUCUAAGUGCUCGGGGAAAGAGGGUGAAUCAGUAUUUAUGUCCAUGCUGUAUUUAAAUGCAUUUACCUCCAAACAUGGGAGUAAAUUGGAACAGAUUACAUUCCCUUUAAAUUCUGAAGGUUUUUCAUUGAACUGAGGGACAGUCCACAUGUGUCUUUGUUAACUGACCUGCUGUGCAAACAGAUAAUAAAUCAAUAACA